AUGCUUUCUCUGUCUAUCCCCCGCGCUGCCCUCCGUUCCGCUGCGGCGCCGCGCCAGUUCGCUGCCGCCUCGGCUUCGACGGUGCGUUUCGCCUCGUCCAAGACCCUCAGCCAGGCUGUUGAGGAGAUCGUCCCCGAGAAGCGUGAGCAGCUCGCCGAGAUCAAGUCCAAGUACUCUGACACGAAGCUUGGUGAUGUUCAGGUGAGCCACCUGAUCGGUGGUAUGCGUGGCCUGAAGUGCAUGCUCUGGGAGGGCUCGGUGCUCGACUCGGAGAGCGGCAUCACCUUCCACGGCAAGAGCAUUCCCCAGUGCCAGAAGGAGCUCCCCACCGCCGCUGACAUCGGCCACAAGGGUAAGGAGAUGCUGCCCGAGUCGAUGCUCUGGCUUCUGCUUACCGGCAAGGUCCCCACCAAGGAGGAGGUCAAGACCCUCUCGGAGGACCUCGCUGCCCGCGGCAAGCUCCCCACUUACCUGGAGAAGAUCAUCGACAGCUUCCCCAAGACGCUGCACCCCAUGACUCAGUUCUCGGCUGCCACCGCUGCCCUUAACCACGACUCGAAGUUCGCUGAUGCCUACUCGCGCGGUGUCAAGAAGACCGAGUACUGGCAGCCUACCCUGGAGGACUCGCUUGACCUGAUCGCCAAGCUCCCCGCUAUUGCCUCCCGCAUCUACUUCAACGUCUUCGGCAAGGGUGACGGUCAGCAGACCAUCGACCCCUCGAAGGACCUGAUCGAGAACUACUCGCACCAGAUCGGCUUUGGUGACUCGGAGGGUCUCAUUGACUACCUCCGUCUCUACAUUGCCAUCCACGGUGACCACGAGGGUGGUAACGUCUCGGCCCACACCGCCCACCUGGUCGGCUCGGCCCUGUCGGACCCCUACCUGUCGUACUCGGCUGCCCUCAACGGUCUCGCUGGUCCCCUCCACGGUCUCGCCAACCAGGAGGUGCUCGGCUGGUCGCUUGAGCUCCAGAAGGCCGUUGGCAACAACCCCUCGGACAAGGAGAUCCAGGACUACCUCUGGUCGACCCUCAAGAGCGGCCGUGUCGUCCCCGGUUAUGGCCACGCCGUCCUCCGUCAGCCCGACCCUCGCUUCACUGCGCUGUCGAAGUUCUGCGAGACUCGCCCUGAGCUCAACGACGACCCCAUUGUGCAGCUCGUCCAGCGCCUGUCGCAGCUCGCUCCCCCUGUCCUGAAGGAGCACGGCAAGACCAAGAACCCCUUCCCUAACGUCGACGCCGCUUCGGGUUGCGUGCUGUACUCGUACGGUCUCGACCAGUUCAAGUACUACACCGUGAUCUUCGGUAUCUCGCGUGCCAUUGGUGCCCUGCCCCAGCUCGUGUUCGAUCGCAUCCUCGGUCUCCCGAUCGAGCGCCCCAAGUCGAUGUCGAUGGAGGCCCUCAAGGCUUUCAUCCAGAAGUAA